CAAUGUGGCUCUGGGCAGCCUGAUCCAGUGUGAGGUGUCCCUGCCCUUGGCAGGGAGCUGGCACUGGGUGGUCUCGAAGGUCUCUUCCAGCCCUCAUAGUUCUGUGGCUCUAUAAUCCUGAGACCUCAGAGCUGCUGCCAGUGCCUGGAGGGAGUUUGCAGAGAAGCUGCAUGGAGGGGCCUGAGCCAGGCCAAGGGCAAUGGUCUGGGGCUGAGGCAGAGCAGGCUGAGACUGGAGCUGAGGCAGAAGCUGUGCAGGGUGAGGGUGGUGAGAGCCUGGCACAGGCUGCCCAGGGAGGCUGUGGCUGCCUCCUGCCCGGGGAUGCUGAAGGCCAGGCUGGGUGAGGCCAGGAGCAGCCUGUGCUGGUGCAGGUGUCUGUGCCCAUGGCAGGGGCUGGCACUCUUCUGUUCUUCUGUGAGAAGGGCACUGCUUGGAGCUGUGGGGCUGAAGUGAUGCAGAUGAGGAGGCUGUGCCCACUCCUGAUCACUGAGUCGCUGCCUCAGGUGGGGGCCUGGCAAAUUCCUCUGCCCUCGCCCUUGCUGGGUGCAGGUCCUGCCCCUCAGCAGUGCUGCAGAUGGAGCCCCUGGGGACAGGUCUGCGUCGGAGCUCUUUGCCUCUCCACAGUCCUGCUGGAAUGAAAGUAUCAAAGCAGCACAGGAAGGGAAGCUCCAGGAGCUGCUCAGGCUGUGAGCUCUGCUGGCACCAUCUGUACAUGGCUCAGGUGGAGCUGCUGUCCUGGCAGCCUGGGCAGGAGUCGUUGAAUCAGGGAACUGUUUGGGCUGGAGAAGCUCCCAGAGCAGUGCCCACAGUCUGCUGCUGUCUUGCUGAGCCUUCUCCAGGGAGCCCUGACAAGAGAAAUGGCAGAAAAGGUGAACAACUUCCCCCCCCUGCCCAAGUUCAUCCCUCUGAAGCCCUGCUUCUACCAGAACUUUGCUGAUGAGAUCCCCGUGGACCACCAGGCCCUGGUGAAGAGAAUCUACCACGUCUGGAUCUUCUACUGCAUCACGCUGGUGGUGAACAUCCUUGCCUGCCUGGCCUGGUGGAUCGGAGGGGGCUCUGGAGCCAACUUCGGCUUGGCCAUCCUCUGGCUCGUCCUCUUCUGCCCCUGCAGCUACCUCUGCUGGUUCCGCCCCGCGUACAAAGCCUUCCGCUCAGACAGCUCCUUCAAUUUCAUGGCCUUCUUCUUCAUCUUUGGAGCCCAGUUCCUGCUCACAGCCCUGCAGGCCAUAGGCUUCUCCAACUGGGGAGCUUGGUACACAAAAUCUACCGAGGGGCUGGUGGAAGCUUUCAGAAAGCUCAGGACGAGUGGAACAGUGGCACGUGGAGGAACCCCCCCAGCAGGGAGGCUCAGUACAGCAAUUUUUCCGGGAACAGCCUGCCAGAGUACCCCACAGUGCCCAAUUACCCCCCGGGAAGCCAAUGGCCUUAAGCAGCAGCGGCUGCGAACUGCCUGGAUCCUCCUCUCUCCCCUAUCAUCGCUCCUCCAGAAGAUCAUUCGCAUUCCCCCACCCAGUCCCAGCUCCCUGCCCUGGGGCUGUGCUCUGCCUUGUGUCUCCUCCCCGCAGAAGUGCUGCCCCCAAGGGCUGUGCUCUGCUGGCCCCGGAGCUCCGCACGGCUGCCCCCAGGGGCUUUGCUCUGCUUUGUGCUACCAGCGUUUGCCUCGCUGCAGCCUGAGGAACCAACCCUUCCCUGCCCCCUUCCUCCAGGGCAUCGCACCUGAAGAAGGCUUUCUCAUCCCCGUGGAGGUGCCCAGCGCCAGGACUUCUCCUGCCUGCCUGCUGGGCUUUGGGCUGCUGCCCAGCCAGCCUUGGGAGCCCCUGGGCACUGCUGUGCUGGGUGAAGGAUCUGGCCCCGGUGCCUCGGAGGGAAAUGCAGCACUGCACUUACCUGGUACUAGCAAAGGGAUCUGUGAACUCUGCGGCCUCAGCCUCCCCUGCCCUCUGCUGGAGAACCCCUGGGUGCUUGCUGUGGGUGAGUGGCAUUCAGCUGUCAAGUCCUCAGUGUCCUCCCGUGCCUGGCCAGGACUCUGCCUCUUGCUUCCCCUUGCUGCCAAAAGUCGUGGCUGGAUCUGUGUGCUUCAGAGGUGCAGAUUCAUCUCAUCUGGGCCAUGGCUGCUCGCUAAAAGCCUGCUGCAGAGCCCACUGGAACCUGCUGGCUGGCACUGGGCUUGGGGCCUGGCUGGUGCCCAUCCCAGCACAGGUAGGCAGCACAAGGGCUCUGCCACCUACACUCCACUGGUGUGCACCCAGGUUUUGUGCUGAGCCAAGAAGAGCCCCGGGGGACACACCCUGCCCUCUGGGGACACUUUCCUGGGCUAUCAGGUCAAGGCUGAGCUCUCAGAGUGCUUUGGGGACAUUUCCCUCCCAGUGACGGUUUCAGUUCUGCCUUCUCCCGGUGCUGGCAUCCCAAGGUGGAGGGGCCUGGUGGACCAAGGAGCUCUUGUUGGUGCUGUGCAGACCUGGGCCCAGCACGUCUGAGCAGGCAGAGGCAGCCCUGCCUUGCUCCAGGAGGCAGCUCAGGAGGUUUGUUUUCCCCAGGAGCUGGCAUCCAGCUUCCCUCCCUCUGUCCCGCAGCCACGCAGGCAGCACAGGUUCUGCUGCUGCCCCGGGAGCCUGCUGGGGAGCUCUGCAAGUCUGACAGAGCUGUGGAGAGUGCCAGAGGGUUCUGGGGACAGUGCUCAAAGCCUUCAGCUCUGAGAGCUUAGGUCUCUGUGCUCCACUGCAGCGCCCUGGGGGGUGUUGGGCACCGGCGCCUGGGUGGGGUCCCAGAGGGGUCCGGUGGAGGUGGAGUCACUCCAGAUGCAGACUGAGAAACUGGAAAACAAAGGUAGCUCCUGGAAGAGCCCGGGGGGGUUGUCCUGGCCGGGUGGGACUGAUUUCAAUGA